CUCCCCUUCACCGUGGUGGGUCUGAGCGGUUGUAUCCCCGGUCUGGCACGUUCCUGGCUAAAUCCUCCACAGUUUAAAAUUGGACCCCUCUAAUUUAACCAGGCCAUAAAACGAACGCUUUUAUAUAUCGUAUUCCCCACUAAAUUCCUGAUUUGUACUGACCUCAUAAUCUGCACCAGACACCUUGGACUGGAAGAUGGCGGUGGUAAGCGGGAUGUUGGGGUCGGCUAUAGCCCGACUGGAGGGCCGAGAGUUUGAGUAUAUGAUGAAGAAAAGGUCGGUGACUAUCGGCCGGAACUCUUCCCAAGGCUCAGUGGACGUCAGCAUGGGCCACUCGAGCUUCAUAUCCCGGCGGCACCUCGAAAUCUUCACCGCCGGGGAGGAUGGCUCAGGCACGAGGGAAUUCUACCUCCGGUGCCUUGGAAAAAACGGGGUGUUUGUUGAUGGGGUGUUCCAGCGAAGAGGAGCUCCACCUCUCCAGCUUCCACGAAUGUGUUGUUUCCGCUUCCCCAGCACAAGUAUUAAGAUCACGUUCACCGCCCUGUCCAGUGACAAGAAGGAGCCAAGGAACGUGCCAGAAUCACCGAUCAAACCCGUCCAGCCCCAAAUUUCACCACUAACCAUCAACAUUCCCGACAACAUUGCCCACCUCAUGAGCCCGCUGCCGUCACCCACCGGCACCAUAAGCGCUGCAAACUCGUGUCCAUCGAGUCCGAGGGGAGCAGGACUCUCCAGCUACAGAACGAGCCGUGUUCUCACCUCGGAAAUCAUAGGAGACAACUCGCAAUCAGAAAACGAUAAGGAGGCCUCAGGUGAAGACAGCCCAAAGGAUGACUCCAAACCACCGUACUCCUAUGCACAACUAAUAGUCCAAGCUAUUACCAUGGCUCCAGAUAAACAGCUCACUCUGAAUGGAAUAUACACCCACAUCACCAAGAACUACCCCUACUACAGAACAGCGGAUAAAGGCUGGCAGAAUUCGAUCCGCCACAACCUGUCCCUGAACCGGUACUUCAUCAAAGUUGCCAGGUCCCAGGAGGAGCCCGGCAAAGGUUCGUUCUGGAGAAUCGACCCCGCCUCAGAGGGCAAGCUUAUAGAUCAAGCCUUCAGAAAGCGCAGGCCCAGGGGAGUGCCCUGCUUCCGGACCCCAGUGGGACCCCUUUCCUCCAGGAGUGCCCCUGCUUCUCCCAGCCACAUGGGGGUGCUGUCUGCCCACUCCAGUGGGGUCCAGACCCCUGAUAGCUUGUCCAGAGAGGGAUCCCCAGUCCCCAUGGAGUCAGAGGCUCCCCCAGCACCACCUGCUCAGACAGCUACAGUCCAGCCCAAACUGGCUGUUAUUCAGGAGGCUCGCUUUACACAAAACUCUCCAGCCUCCCCUCUCAACAGCCAGCCCGUGUUGAUUGCUGUGCAACGCCAGAUGCCUCAAACCACAAUGAAACCUGUGACCUACGCCAUGGCAUCCCCAGCCAUGGUAACAACAUCCGUAAGCUCUGCUCCUGUCAUGCAGACGGUGCACGUGGUCCACCAGAUCCCGGCUGUCACCAUGGCAACCGUUGGAGGGCAGGCUGCCUCAACAGAAAGCCCAGAGCCUCAAGAGAACGGAGGAGGCGGAGAGCACCAGAAGAUCAAAGUCAAAGUGGAGCCAGUGCCGUCCAUCACAGCUUCUUCUAUAGGCGGAGUGAGCCGCAUCAUCCAGAGCUCCCAGGCUGCUCCCUUGACCACCGUCACCAUAGUUCAACAAGCCCCGCUCGGCCAGCACCAGCUUCCUAUAAAGGCCAUAACACAGAAUGGGACUCACCUGGUACCCAUCAGCACUGCUGCUAGUUCAGCCAACCCUCUCCAUCUCCUGGCAACACACGCCUCGGCCUCAGCCUCCCUCCCCACCAAGAGGCAGAACGGAGAACUGCAGGAUCAGCCCGAGUCGAAAAGGGUGAAAACCGAGGAGGAGAACGGCCAAGCAGCAGCUGCUGUCAGCAGCAGCAACAACGGCACUACGGACAGCGCCGGAGAGGCCGAUGAAAAGUAGCCCCCGGAUCCCUAACCCUCCAUCCUUCCAUCCCUUCAUCCCACCCUCCGCCACCAUCCUCAAGGUGCCAAAAAGAAAAGCACUAUCGAUUGUGCAAACCCCACCCGCCCUAUCUGCCACGUAUUUAAUAGCAGAAAACACAAUGCAAAAACUAGAGACCAAACUGAAAAUAAAAUGGAGCAUAGCUGAUGACUGUGAAUCCCCCAUGCCCCCAAAGUUUGAGACCCAGAGAGCAAGAAGAAGCGGAGACAGAAGGAAAGUCCAGAACAAAACAAAACAUUAUCCAUGCAACUUCCCCCAAAGACAAACAGGAGUCUCCUCCAGGUAGCAUUAAAGACAAGUGUUAAACCAGUAACUGUGGUCACUAGUACGCAGGCUUGUGGACAUUCCCAUCUUCGGCAGCUAGCCUCCACGUCGAUUUACCUAACAGAGUCAUGAGUAGAAAUGCAGUAUUCCGUUGUAUCUUUGGAUCUUUAUGGAGUGUUAGUUUUCCGAGGCACAGAUGCUGUCUAGUAAUAAUUCAGAGCAGGAAGCGCUGUGAGCGGCCUCUUUAAGAACAUCUCAACACGGUAUUCUGGGAAUCUUUUUGUUGCCGUUUUUGUAUGUGGACUGUUCGGUGACAUGAAUGUAGUCUUACUUUUUGUUAUCAUUUUUUCCUUUAAAGAAAACACUAUAGGAUGAUGGAUGCUCUUUGGUUUCUGCGAAUGAAACGUGGUUCUCACACCAACAGAUCUUUCAUAUUUUCCAGAUAUCCUACGAAUUAAGUAUAUUCCCGUGUGUAUUUGAGCAUACGUGUCAUUGAGCUUGCAUGUUACAGAUGUAGAAACAAAAGUACCAGAGCAGAUAAUCUGAAUAUGGAACCGAAGAAAACUUAGACUGAAUCUACGCUAUACGAUUCUGACCUGUGCUGCACUUAACCUCAUAGUUUUUUUUAUUGUUUUGUAUUUGCUCACUUGUUUUCCCUGUCGUCGUCAUCGGCUGUGUUUUUCUUUGUGUUGAAGAUGAUUCGCUUGUUUGUUUGUUUUUUUCCUUUUUUUUUAUUUCAGGCGACAAGGUAAGGCUUUUCAGCUUGUGUUCUGUGUUCUGAGCUAAAACAAGUGAUAGGUGUUUGUUCUGCUGCAGUGGAAAAAAAAAUGCUUUUUUUUUUUUUAUAAAUUUAUUUAAAAAGAUUCUCUGUUUGUGUUUCUUUGAGUAAACCCUCUCAGUUGAGCAAA